AAUUCACGAAUCCACCAGAAUUGGAAUCCAAGACAGAAUAGGGGAUUUACGAGCUGAAGAAAUAUAUAGACGUAGGGGAUUCUUCUUCUUGAAUCCUGGUGAAUCCUCACGAUAGGGUCAUAGAGUGUCGCCGGUGUCGACACUCGACACCGCUAUGCGUGAGCGUGAUGCGUCCCAUCCCAUGUCGCCCGUGCGCGAUGUACUCUGCGCCAGACCAGUCAUCAGAGACACCAGAUACAGCUUAUGAUCUCAUGCAGCCCAAUACAGCCAGCUGCCAGACAUCACGGCGCGCUCGUCCAAUUCGCAUGCACUCGUCGGCACUCGUGUUCUCGUGUAUCUCGUGUACGCACAUACGCUGACGAUCUUCCAUUGAUAUCAGCUAAUGCCACUUGUCGUAAGCAUCACUGUUCAAUAGACUCGUGUUGUACUGCAGUUGGAAUGCAGUUGCAGUAAUUGCGACAGCGAUCGCCAGUGACUAUUGUAAAGUACGACGAUAGUGCCACGGAAUAACAAUACGUCGCUCGUUAUCACGAACGAACUUCAAGGUUAGGCACAAGGUUCGCGUGGCGAAGCACGACGCGGAAUCGGACUUCGAUUCGGAGUCCGCUUCCGAGGAGUAAACGCGCGACAUUGAUAUCGCUCCGACAGCGGAUAUGGACGGCAAGGUCGACGACGAGAAUCAGCGUGGCGUCAACGACGGCGACUGGGUCUGCCCUGACUCCCAAUGUGCCAAUAUAAAUUUUGCCAGGCGUAACUCCUGCAAUCGCUGUGGGAAAGAUAGAGGUGAAUGCCCGAAAAAGAAAAAAUUGGGUCAGGAAAUUGGAAAAGCAGCCGCGGAAAAAAGUAGAGGCCUAUUUAGCGCGGACGAUUGGCAAUGUAGUAAAUGCGGUAACGUAAACUGGGCUCGCCGACAACAGUGUAACAUGUGCAACGCCCCGAAAUUCGGUGAGAUAGAGGAACGCACAGGAUAUGGAGGUGGGUAUAACGAUCGAGGAGUUGUCGAGUAUAAGGAGAGGCGAGAUGAGGACGACGAAUAUGAUGAGUUCGGACGGCGUAAAAAAAAGCGAAAAUUAGAGAAGAAUUCCGACGACGACUCGAAAGAUUCCAAGUACAGCAGCCCGCGUAGUAAAUCUAGAGACAAGGAAGAGAGGGAUGAAGAUGAAGAGCAAGAAGAAAACGAAGAAGAGGAAGAUGACGAGGAGGAAGAAGAGGAAGAGGAAGAUGGUGAUUUAUCUAAAUACGACCUUAGUGAAUGGGAUGAUUUUGCACCAGCAAAAAAAAGUACAAACGGAAGUACUAUAUCUUCAGAAGCACAACGGUCAAGAAACGGAGAUGAUCGGCGCGAUUCAGGCACAUCCAACCAAUGAAAGGCUGUACAGAAGGACAGGUGAACCAGGAGAUGAAAGAACGCAACCAGUGCUCGGCAACUAAGAAAUAUACACAACGCAAGUUUUAGUAAUUUAGUAUGCACCUUUGGAUAUAAAGUGGCCGAUAAUGUGUGACUUAUUACAAAGGGAAAUCGACUAACAAUAAGCUUUACAUUUAUAAUUGAGCUCAUAGCUUCGUUGAUUCCUAAGGAAGCGAAAUGUAGGUCUCCUAUUUGCGCGGGUAUAUCGUUGUUUUAACGAUUGCAGAGUUUAUGAAAAACUACUUCGGCGCAAGUAGUAUGUUUCGCUAGCGAGAUACGAGAUUGAUAAUUUCAACAUGAAUCUAUAGAAGAAAUUAUACACAGCUCGUUUUACAAGCUAAAUAUGACGUUGUAGAAAAAGAUCUUACUCCUAUUGUAAUAGAUGGUGUCAACGCUCUGCGCAAGCCCCGUCGUCGCAGUGUUCUAAAAUUCCUAUUACUUUUAUCACAAACAUAACUAUAUCGAUGUAGCCGUGUCACUGCUUCACAUUGCUCAAAUUGCCUGAAGAAACCUAACUUUUUCUUCUUUUGUCCCCUUGUGUCUCUCUCUCUCUCUUUUUACAUCAUUUAUCUAUGCAUAAUGCUCGCAUUAAGUGGACAAUCGUCAAGUGUAGUUAAAGAAUCAUUCCCCAAACAGAUAUGUAUUUUGCAUCUUUUGGAAGAGACCAAAAGGAAAGGAUACGUUAUCUUGCUUUGACUAUCACAGAUUUGAGUAAGUUGAGAAACAGCCUGCUCACUUUGAAAAUGUAGCGCUUUUUAAAUUAGUCGUGUCCCGCGUCAUUGCAGAUAUGGACUUGUCGUGAACUCCGACGGCCGUUCUUGAAUCGCAAAACGAUUAUCGAUCAAAUAUCGUACUGACUUCUUGUAAAUAUCUUUAUUUUUCAUUUAUAAUAAAAAUCAUUCAUCAACAACAUAAUUGUUCUUAGUUCAAUUAAUUCUUUCCUUAUAUUGUAAACUACAGGUAGGGGAGGGGAGGGAAGGGAGGAAGUCAUGAUUAUGCACAGAGUUGGUCAUAGAGGAGGGGGGGAUCGAUGAAGGAGUAUUGGGGAUAUUGAA